AUGAAGUCCGCUAUUUUGCUUGUGAUGAUGCUCUCGACGCUGUUUGGUUUCUCCUGGGGAGGUGCCUUGAUUAGUAAACGGCAGUCCCCGACUAUCUCACAGGAUGCCGCUGAUCUCUGUGACAGAAGAUUACAUUCUAGUACUGUUGCAGGCAACAAGCUCUGGAUAAACGGCGGCCAGAAUAUUAAAAACAGAACCGCGAGUACAGAGGAUUACGCUGAUAAUUUUAACGAUAUUCAAUACAUCGACCUAUCCAAAAGCUGGACUAUUGGCGCUCCAGAACUCACGACCCAAACCAAACCGUCUUCCUUAGUGUCUAUUCUUGAGGCCUGUGCCUGGAGCGAUGGGGUCGAUUUCUACCAAUACGGAGGCUGGCGAUCCAGCUCGUAUCAGGAGAGCUUCAGAGUAUGGGACUACGAUGGGUCUAAAUGGUCAUCGGUCUCUCCUGGGACUGUCAACCGCCUAGCAUCAGGUGGUUGUACUGAUGCGCCCAUGAUUAAGAAGUCGUAUGCCUAUGGUGGAUUUCAGAACGCACAGACAACGAGCGAUCCGUGGUGGGUGUUAACGGCGGAGGGAUAUGGAAGUCCAAGUUUAAUUGAGUUUGACUGGGAGACAAAAACCGCCCGGAAUGUAACUUAUACAGAUCUGUCGAAUGAUCCGGGCACGCUGGAUAACGCGAUAGCGUAUGUUCCUGUGGGGAGUCAGGGUAUUCUGGUGGCUCUCAGUGGAAGGAGGUCGAACGCAGCAGACGGAUUUUCACAAUUGUCAGGCUUUUCCGAAAUCAGAGUUUUCGACAUUGCAUCGUCAACCUGGUACUACCAGACUACUAUGGCAGCUUCGUCGGCGGAUGGCAUACCUACUGCGCGGGUGCAGGCCUGUACAGUGGUUGUGCCUGCUGCGGACAACAGUUCUUAUAAUAUCUACAUGUUUGGGGGAUCCACCAGCGAUAACACAGAAGGGUCCUACAACGAUAUGUGGAUCCUAUCGCUUCCCUCUUUCAAAUGGAUCAAGAUCAGAAACACGGCGAGUGACAGCAACGACAUUCCAGGAGCGCGGACAUCCCAUACCUGCAGCCUCGUUGGGAAACGACAGAUGACGGUUGUUGGGGGCGCGCGCGAUGUUGCGGCGCAUAAGCAGUGCAAUACAAGGUCGGUGUUUGUAUUCGACCUGACCACGCUGGUAUGGAGGAAUAGAUAUGACCCGGAUGAGGUUGCGUAUGAGCUGCCGAAGAACAUCACGAACGUGAUUGGGGGCAACGAGUUUGGGAACGCGGUCGAAAGCAGGAACAGACCCGAAUCCUGGACAAAUGCAGCUGUCCAGGAUAUCUUCUUCGGCAGUGAUGUAUCACAGACAAAUGCAUCAAGCACUGCAACAUCAACACCAACAUCAACAUCAACAUCAACACCAGAUGGCAAUACACCCCCUCAAGAGAGCUCUACCCCCACUGGUGCAAUCGUAGGGGGUAUAGCCGGCGGAGUGGCCGCACUGGCUGCCAUAGCGUUUGGUCUGUUUUUCCUGCGCCGCCGCCGCCGCAUUGCCCACAGCCAGGUUGUUGAAUCCAAAGAUCUCCAUCCAAGCGCACAAGAACUUAAUGCGGGGACCCCCCACGAGCUUGACCCAGGAGAAGCCUCAGUCUACGAACUUGGGGGGGGCUACUAUGCGAGGCAGGCAGACGGAGUCCCUGAAUACACUGCACUCAAUGAACUAGACGCAUACGUACCAUCAUCACGAACAGAGAGUACUGUGGAUGGGGUAGAGCGCUUCGUAGCGGGGGCAAACCCGUCUCCCACUACCAAGAAGUCGGAGGGUGCCUAA